CCAUCACCAAGGCAGCCAGGUGGACACGGGAUGAUGCCCUCCCCACUGGGUUUCCCUUCUUGGAUGCUUCCUGGGUACCUGGUAAAUAUGAAAAUAUCCUUUCUCUCACCCUUGUGAACAGAUGGGCUGCAGUUACAAUACCCAAAUGAAUAAAUGUGGGCCCAUUUGAAUAUUUGUAAGAGAUCCUUAAAAUGCAGAAAGCCUUAGAGACAGAUCUCCUGAUAAGAAAGAAGCAGAAGGAAGUCAAUGUCGAUUGGGAAUUCACAGCACCAGGACAGCAAGCAGCUAAGGGAUAGAUCAUUUUUCUAGUAGCAAACUAUUUCUGUGUGUUUUUCUAUAACAGUAAGAUGACCUUUUACUUUUUUUUUUCAAUUAAAUAGUGUAUUGUAAUAGUGGUUUAAAUAGGCUUUUCAAAUAGAGAGAGAUAAAGCUGGAGCUCCAAACUGUUUCAAAGCCUUGAAUUGCAUAUGCCAGUUUGGGUUGCAUUGAAAAUUCAAAAGGAAAAUAUCUGGCAGAGAAGAAGGUUGUACAGGGUUAGGUUUUUUCAAGCUCUACCCGAAUUUUAAUGUUCUUCCAUUUGCAGAAUGCUCACAAGUACCACUGAUCUACCAAGAUUUUCAGGAGGCCAUAAAUCACCCAAAAUAGCCCAAGCCUGUGGGAGUCCCAUGUUGUUGGCUCGGAGUCUGCCGAGGGAGCUCACGAAAUCAGAUGAGCUUGCAGGAGAUCUGGAGGAGAGGGAUGACACCACUCCCCCACCAUCCAGCCCAGAAGACUCGGAGCACGUCCUGCUGACCAGGGACAGUCCUGAAGACUUGAGUACCAAACUCUCCCUUUGCAGUGACCACUCAGUCCAAGCGUUUGCUCUCCCGUACCUGCCCUUCUAUAGAACAUCUUACGUCUUUAUCAGCCCAUCUUCCCUCGUUGCAUCGCGCAUCAGCACAGAAACAGAAGAAAGCUUCAACGAUGGCGAGGUUAACACUAAGCACGAUGAGGAAGCGAGUUAUUCAGCUGUUUCCACAGGAUAUUUUCCAUGUUACAGAACAACUGAAGAGCUUCUUGGCCAGCCACUCACAUAUGGAUUAAAUACAGAGGAAAAAAAGCCUGAUAAUGAUGGGAAAGAUGAAAGUGAAUGUGGAUGUGCACAGGAUGUUGGAGAUGCCAAGAAAACCAUCCCACCAAGUUUGGAGUCAGACAAGAAGGCACUUUCCUCUGUGGCCGAUGAAGGGUCGUCAGCCCACCAGCUCCUAAGAGACAGCACCUCUGAACUCGCCCCAUCAACCACCUCCUUCUCCAGAGGGCUGCCAGGUCUGAAUCAGACCUUUUCCUCCGGUGGGUACUUUCCUACCUACAGGACAGAGGGAGAGCUCUGUCCUGACCUGGCUGUGGGUGAUGGAUUCCUCACAGAGACAGAAGAUUUGGAGAACAAGGAGGGAGAACAAGAGGGAGAAACAAGUAUUUGGGAUCUCUGUGCUGGCUGCGCAGUGUGCUGAGAACAAAGCAAGGGGGUUGUCUUUGUCAGCAAAAGAUUGAGUCAACACAGGCAUGAAUGAGAAGCUCUUGACACCUACAACAACAUGAAAAUCUGCAUGAGUAUGGGGUAAAAAUACUCUUCCCCUCAAACAAAACAAGUGAUAACCUGGACUGCGUAAUGACAGCAGAAAGCAGCAGAGAGGGAAAUGACUGAUUUGGAGGAACCUGGAUAAACUCGCUCUAGAAAACAUCCCAAUGGAGGAGGGUGAGGAAGAGAACUGUAUUUUUCUGUGGCUAAUCCCAAAGGCUAGAUGUUCACUUGAGGGAUGUGCAGCUAUAGGAAAUGGCCAAUGGGAAAAAAAUAAGAAUUAUUUAAAUCUAAGCUGCUUGGAGGAAUUAACCAGAGACAUAAUUUCCAGUAGGGAUUGGGAAAUACAUUUCCUCUCCCCUCCACUACAAUCCUUCCAUUGUAUUAAUGGCAUCUGUUAGACCUGGUUACUGUGCAGAACAGUCAUACACAGGAGAAAAAAAACAACAUUUUUAUUUAAAUUAUUUGUCAGUAAAAUUUUUUGAACACAUUUCCAUUAUGUCUGUCUUCAUUUCACUUGCACAGUCAGUAAUGAAAAUGCUCCUGAUUACUUUAAUAUGUGCAACUAUGAGCUUCUAUAAAACAUCAAGUUUUGACUCCGGAGAACUGGGCAACAGCAUCCAGGAACAACUUGGCUUUGGUGGAUCUUGACCGAUUUCCACCAGAUGAGGAUCUUACCGAAACAAAGGUCAGCACAGCGUUUCCUCUGCAGUUGUGAAAUCUUGCAACACACUCUUCUGCUGCCAGCUGUGUCACCUCUCUGAGACACCACACAAGUUGAUGAAGCUCUUUCCCAUUCCUGCUAUGUGCAUAGACGCUUGCUGUUCGAAAUAGAUGUGUUUGCUCCAAAUAUUUAGUUAAUCUUUGAGUGCUUCUGUAAUGGUGAUGCAUUGGUAUUGACAGCCUGCAGCUCAAUGUACCAGGGCUACCUCUGUUCUCUUAGUGAUUGAAGAGGCAAAACGCAUCAUAUUUAGCUCCAUCUCCAUAGUUAGACCAGUUUUCCCUGUGGAUAACUAUGACACUAAGACCAGGAAGGUGACAGCUUUGCAA